CCCGUAGUUAGAUAUGGAUCGGUAUUGUGUUAGAUUAUCUGCGCCCGGAAAGGUUAUAUUGCACGGGGAACAUUCUGUGGUGUUUGGAAAAACAGCUAUCGCUGUAAGUUUGGGGCUGCGUACGUCGAUUCGUGUGCAGGAAGUAUCAGAACCAGUACUUAAAGUUAAUCUACCAGCUGUUGGAUUAAACGAUACCAUUCCACUAGACCUGAUUAACAAAGAAUUAUUAAAACAAACGACAUUCCACAUCGAAGCCCCAGAGACGCUAGAACACGAAGAGCACCUAGCCAAAACUGAAAAAUUCGUCGCUGACAUCAUUUCAAAUUUCGAACAGUUGACAAACGUCAAACAGAACGCGUUACGCGGCCUGUUCUAUGUUGUCUUUGGUAUUUUUGGCGGGAACGAGUUUGAAAAUGGAAUGGAGAUAACUAUUGUCUCUGAUUUAACGAUAGGCUCUGGGACUGGUAGUUCGGCGUCUUAUGCAGUAUGCUUGGCUGGGGCUUUAUUGCAAUUGGCUAAACUGAAGAAGGGGAUAAAGGUUGACCAAUUGAGUUUAGAUGAUAGGAAACUGAUAUCUAAAUGGGCGUUUAAUUGUGAAAGGAUUACGCAUGGAACUCCUUCAGGCAUAGACAACACGACAGCGACCUUCGGUUCGCUAGUGUCGUUCCGUAAAGGCCACGAGCCGGAUCUUCUAGAUAUAAAACUAGAUUUACGCAUAUUACUUGUCUAUUCAUGCGUCAGUAGAGAAACCAAGGCAUUAGCGGCCAAUGUAAGGUCGCUGAUGCAGAGGAACCAGAAAGCAGUGGAUUGUGUUAUGGACGCUAUUGAUCAUAUCGCAAAACGCGCUUUGGAGAUUCUACAAAACCUCUCGUCUAGUGAUCACAAUGGUGACAUUGAUGAACAAUACCAACAUUUAGCGGAGCUAUGGAACAUGAACCACUGUCUGCUCGCUUCGCUCGGCGUGUCGCACCCCGCGCUGGAGAGUAUUCGUGCGAGUGCACUGGCGCGCGGACUGGCCUGCAAGCUAACUGGCGCGGGCGGGGGAGGAUAUGUAAUAGUUUUAAUACCACCAUCGACAAAACAGAGCGUAGUGGAGGAAUUAAGCCAAGAGUUGUCUUCCAAAGGAUUUGUGGUCACAGACACCAAGCUUGGAGGCCCUGGAGUCACUUUGGACUCCUGAUUGGGGAAAUCUCAUAGGACAUAUCAUGACAGGAGUGGUUUCGAUUAAAUGAUUGAAAAUUAGUUAAAAUAAGAAGUAGUGAACGGGUUCCAAUGAGUAUUAUAUUUCAGUAGAUAAUAAUUUUAUGUAAAAUAAAUAAAACAUUGGAUAAUUUUACUAUGUUUUACUUAGUAUUACAUACGCACAU